AAUAUAUAUAAUAUAAUAUAUAUAUUUCCCUACUUAAUGACCUAACCCUAAACCCUAACCCUAGCUUUGUAUCUCCUAUAAAUAGAGGCAUUUAGUCCUCACAAUAGAUGACUCCAACAGAUUUAUUCUCUCUACGCUCUCUACGCUAUUCUCUUCUCUUCUACUUUUCUCUCUACUUUCAACACGUUAUCAGCACGAUUGUUCUACAAGAUUGUUCGUGAUUGUCCUACAAGAUUGUUCGUGAUUGUUCUACAAGAUUGUUCCUACCCUCAUUCUUGAUUGUUUGCCCUAGGAAAGAAUCUUGUCUUUCCUGCAAGUGUUGCACAAAAUGUCAAAUAUCACCAAACUUGAGUUUGUUGCACUUGACAUAUCUGGCAAGAAUUACAUGCCAUGGAUUCUUGAUGCCGAGGUUCAUUUGGUUGCAAGAUCUCUAGAAGAGACAAUAAAAGAAGGAAAUGACGCAUCCCAGCAGGAUCGCGCUAAGGCACUCAUUUUCCUUCGUCAUCAUCUUCAUGAUGAUUUGAAAGUUGAAUAUCUUACCAUCAAAAACCCAUGUGAAUGGUGGAAAAACCUCAAAGAACGGUUUGAUCAUCAAAGGACUGUUGUUCUUCCUAAGGCUCGUUUUGAGUGGAUGCAUUUAAGAAUGCAAGAUUUCAAAAGUGUGAGUGCUUAUAAUUCGGAAUUGUUUCGAAUUACUUCUAAAUUGAAACUAUGUGGUGAAACAAUCACCGAUGAAGAUAUGCUUGAGAAAACAUUCUCAACUUUUCAUGCUUCAAAUGUGCUCUUACAACAACAAUAUAGAGAGCGGGGUUUCAAAAAGUACUCUGGCCUUAUAUCUUGCUUAUUAGUUGCCGAACAAAAUAAUGAGUUGCUAAUAAAAAACCACGAGUUAAAACCCACAGGUUCCACUGCAUUACCUGAAGCUAAUGCAACGAUCAAACAAGAGUAUGACCGUGGUCGUGGGAACUAACGUGGACGUGGGCGUGGCUUUGGUCGUGGUCGUGGACGUGACCGUGGUCGUGGUCGUGGACAUGGUCGUGGACGUGGAUAUGGAUGUGGUAAUGUAGACCAUGCAACAUCUAGCAACAAAAGGCACAAACCA